AUGGCGGGGCCGGGGGGCGAGGGGGACCCGCGGCGCCUGCUCAAGCUGCACCGCACCGAGAUCGCCAUGGCGGUGGACGAUGUCUUCCCGCUGCUGCACGGUCUGGCUGACCACGAUGUUGUCCCCGAGCAAGUCUUCAAGGAGACGCUGAGCCGGGCGGAGCGGGAGGGCUCCCACCGCGCCUUCCACGCACUGCUCACCUGGCUGCUGGGCCAUGGUGACAUGGCCACCAUCCACGGCUUCUGGGCCGUCCUCUUCAAGGAAUACAACCUGGAGCGGUACAGCCGGCUGCGGCCCCUGCGCGGCGCCUUCCCCCCAGAGUUGGAGCUGGGACAGCAGCGUCGCAGCCAGGGUGUCUCCCACAGCCCCGCGGUGCCGGCUCCGCACAGACCCCAGGGCAAGAGAAGAGCCCCCGAGGAGCGGGACGGGGCGCGGCCGCCACAGCCCUCCCCGAGGCACGCUGCCAGCCCUGGUCCUCACAACGCCACAGGGACCCUAGCGAAGGUGAGGACCCUGAGGAAGCCGGAGGGCGCAGACACCCCUCGCCCCCCCCGUGCCGGCGCCCUCCAGGCGGUGGCCGCCUCGGUGCAGAGAGCAGUGGCCGUGGCGAGCAGCGACGUGCCGGGCACCCGCGGGGCCAUCGAGGGCAUCCUCCUCAAACAGGCGCGGGAGCCGGGUACGUGCAGCCCAGCUCAGCCUCUGGGUUCUGAAGCCGCCCCGGGCAGGGGCGGCGGGGGCGCCCCGCGGGAGCCGCUCUCGGCCUCUCUUGCAGGCAGCUCCAAGAUGGGCAGCAAAGCUGGGGACGAGCUGUACACCCCAGCCACUGCUGAGGAGCCGGGGGCCAGGAGCAGAAGCCGCAGCCUGAAGACCCCCACCCGGCCAAAGGCAUCCCAAAGUGGCUGCAGGCGUCCUGCCGGUGCCCCCGGGGGUGGUGGCGACCCCCUGCCUGCUCCCCCACAGCAGGAGAACGAGGAUGAGUGUGCGGCGUGCGGGGAUGGCGGCGAGCUCAUCUGCUGCGACGGCUGCCCCAGGGCCUUCCACCUGGCCUGCCUGGUGCCCCCACUGCCCCGUGUCCCCAGCGGGACGUGGCGCUGUGGCUGCUGUGCGGCCGAACCGGGGCGGCUGCGGGAGGCAGCGGCUGCUGAGCCGAACCCUGAGGUCCCGGGGACGGAGGCGUCCGGCGCCCGGCGGGAUGGAGGGGACGGGAGUGUCUGCAGCCACUGCUUCACCCGGAUCCCUGCACUCCGCCACGGCCCUGCGCCCAGUGGGGACCCCGGGGGGCUGCUCCUCUGCUCGUCCUGCGCGGGCACCCCAAACACCGGCAGCCUGGAGGGCACCGCGGCGGCCAGCGACCACCCGCUACCGGUGGCAAAGGUGGGUACAACCGGCGCCCGAACCCAGCCGGGAGGAAGGGCCGGUGAGGCCGAGGGGCCGGAGACCGGAGGCUCCGUCUGGGCAGAGGAGGUCUCGGCUGGCAGCGACGCCGUGCUGAGCAGGGAUGAGCUGGACGCGCUCCUGGGUGAGGGCGCCUGGGACGGGAUCCUGCAGUGGGCCUUCCAGAGCGUGGCGCGGCCCCUCGCAGACACCCACGGGCUCCUGGCCUAG